UUUCAGUACCAAAAGCGGCAACCCCGAGAUACACUCAGGCUUACCAUGCGGCGUUGCUCAGGAAUUCCCUGCAGUGCUUACCUUGUCCUUUGCUCCCGCGAUGUGUCCCCUGCAGCGUCCCCGACCAUCUCCUCCGGCCGAUGCCGGCAUCCGGCUUCCGUGUUCCGGUCCCUGUGACGUCGGGACGUACGGGGGCUGGAACCGACGACAAAUUUGAAAGUUUUAAAAAAUGUCAUUUUUUUUUGUAAAUGAUUUUGUCCCGAGUGCUUUGUCCUGUGCCCUGCCUGCAUUUUGACUGUUCUUUCUG